AUGGCGGUGGGGACCUUCAGCUCCCAGCUCUGGCCAGGCUUCAAGGGACACACUGGUCACAAAGGAGAACCUGGUGAAAUAGGAAAAGAAGGAGAAAAGGGCAACCCCGGCCCUCCGGGUCCUCCAGGCAUUCCUCGCAGCGCUGGCCUGAUGGGACCAAGAGGACUAAGAGGCCUCCCUGGUCCAAUGGGUCCGGCUGGUGACAGAGGUGACAUCGGUUUCAGAGGGCCACCUGGAAUCCCGGGACCUCCAGGGAAAGCUGGAGACCAAGGAAGCAAAGGACCUCAAGGGUUCAGGGGGCCCAAAGGUGACACUGGUAGACCUGGACCAAAAGGAAACCCAGGGGCUCGCGGACUCAUAGGAGAACCUGGCAUGCCUGGCAAGGAUGGACGGGAUGGAGCUCCCGGACUCGAUGGUGAGAAGGGCGACGCAGCUCGCAUGGGUGCUCCGGGAGAGAAGGGGCCGAACGGACUGCCCGGACUGCCUGGAAGAGCAGGUAUUAAAGGCUCAAAGGGUGAACCAGGCAGUCCUGGAGAGAUGGGAGAGGCGGGUCCCUCCGGAGAGCCGGGCAUCCCUGGCGAUGUCGGUAUUCCUGGGGACAGAGGUCUGCCGGGACCCAGAGGAGCAACAGGCCCGCUUGGUCUUCAGGGCCCGACGGGAGCCCCCGGUGUCAGAGGUUUCCAGGGUCCCAAAGGUGCCAGCGGUGAACCUGGUCUUCCUGGUCCAACUGGAAUUCGUGGAGAGUUAGGUGACAGGGGUCCUACUGGCGUUCCUGGUCCCAAAGGCAACCAGGGCAUUGCUGGAGCAGAUGGCCUCCCAGGUGACAAAGGAGAACUGGGUCCCUUUGGUCCCCCUGGCCAAAAAGGAGAGCCAGGAAAAAGAGGAGAACUUGGUCCAAAAGGUGUCCAAGGACCUAAUGGGACAGCUGGCGUACCAGGGAUCCCAGGACUCCCAGGGCCCAUGGGCCAUCAGGGGGAGCAAGGCGUUCCCGGCAUCACGGGAAAACCGGGGCCUCCGGGCAAAGAGGCCAGUGAACAGCAUAUAAGAGAACUCUGUGGUGAAAUGAUAAAUGAUCAAAUCGCACAGUUAGCUGCUAAUCUGCGGAAGCCCUUGUCUCCUGGAAUGACGGGUCGUCCUGGCCCAGCAGGUCCCCCAGGUCCUCCUGGAGCGAUGGGGCGUGUUGGGCAUCCCGGUCCUCGUGGUCCUCCAGGAUACAGAGGGCCCACAGGAGAGCUCGGUGAUCCUGGGCCCAGAGGUGACACUGGUGAAAAGGGAGAUAAAGGACCUGUUGGCCAAGGUAUCGAUGGGCCUGAUGGCGAUCAAGGGCUUCAAGGACCACCUGGUGUACCUGGAAUUACUAAAAACGGCCGUGAUGGUGCUCAGGGUGAACCUGGUCUUCCAGGGGAUCCUGGGACUCCUGGUGCUAUUGGGGCUCAGGGAACUCCAGGAAUAUGUGACACAUCGGCUUGCAUGGGCGCUGUUGGAGCAUCAACUUCCAAAAAAUCAUAAAACAACAGUACAAGAAGUGGAAAAGUGACUGAAUAUUUAAAUAAACGGUGCAUUGUAAGAAAACAGACAGGCUCCUCCUAGUGAUAAAUGGACAGAUGUUCCUUCUAUUGUAUUAAGUGGAGACUUUGACACAGUUCUAUGAAAAAGAAAGCAUCAGACGAAAACUUUUAAUUCAAAGAUGCUUUAUGAGUAUUUUCCCCUCCCCCCAACUAUUUGUCAGAAUUUUUACUGCCAAACAACCUCACCUUCCCUUUCUCCCUUUGCUCAAGAGAGCUGCAAGAGGAAGCGUUGUGCCUUUGCACCA